CCGAGUCUGAGGGUUAGGGUCGGGGUUGCGGUGAUUAACGCCGCCGGGCGAGCUGUCACGUAUCGCACGUAGCGGAUCGGAGAUGAGGAAAUACGAGGAAGUCAAUUCACAUCCGAUCGCCGCCUCCCCCUUCGGCCUCUCCCGGCACUAAAGAGCUGAAGCGUCCCGCGGACGGACGUGCGAAGUGCGUGCGGUGCAUUGUUCAAACGCAGCCCCGUGUAAACGGCAGAGGUCGUCAUGAAGCCGGCGGUGGUCCUCCUGCUCCUCCUCCGGGUGUCCGGAUCCGCGGACGGCAGGUGUUUCUGUCAGGUCACAGGUGACCUGGACGACUGCGCUUGUGAUGUGGAGACGAUCGAUGGCUUCAACAACGACCAGCUUUUCCCCAAACUUCAAACUCUCCUGGAGUCUGACUAUUUCAGGUUCUACAAGGUGAACCUGAAUAAGCCGUGUCCAUUCUGGCCGGUCAGCAGUCGCUGUGGUCGGAGGGACUGUGCCGUGACGCCCUGCUCUCCCAACGAGGUGCCAGAGGGGAUCAGUUCGCCCUCCCACAACAAGUAUUCAGCAGAAGCAAACGAGCAGCUGGACGAGUGCGAGAAGGCGCAGCAUCUCGGCGCCGUGGACGCCUCUCUAAGUCACGAGACCAGGGAGGCUCUGCUCGACUGGACCAAACACGAUGACGAGGCAGAACGCUUCUGCGUGGUCGAUGACGAGAAGUCACCAGACUCCCAGUAUGUCGACCUGCUGCUGAACCCGGAGCGCUUCACGGGCUACAGAGGACGUGAGGUCGGGCAGAUCUGGAACAGCAUCUACGAGGAGAACUGCUUCAAACCAUAUACUGUCAAGCUACCACCAGUUCCCAACUCCUUCCACAGCAGCUCCGGAGAUGAAGCGAAGACCUUCUACAGCUGGCUGGAAGGUCAGUGUGUGGAGAAGAGAGCUUUCUUCCGCCUCAUCUCAGGCCUCCACGCCAGCAUCAACAUACACCUGAGCGCCAGAUACCUCCUGGAGGACAGCUGGUUUCAGAAGAAGUGGGGUCAUAACGUCUCGGAGUUCAGGCAGCGCUUCGACUCGGAGCUGACGGCUGGCGAGGGGCCCAAGAGGCUCCGCAACCUCUACUUCCUCUACCUGAUAGAGCUGCGGGCGCUGGCCAAAGCCCUGCCCUUCUUCCAGCGGCCGUCCUUCCACCUGUACACCGGCAGGCCCGAGGAGGACCAGAGACACAAGGGGCUGCUGCUGGAGAUCCUGCAGCUGGCCAGGUCCUUCCCUCUGCACUUCGACGAGACUUCCCUGUUCGCUGGCGGUGAAGAGGAGGCGGCCAAGCUGAAGGAGGACAUCAGACUGGCCUUCCUCAACAUCUCCAGGAUCAUGGACUGCGUGGGCUGCUUCAAAUGUCGCAUGUGGGGGAAACUGCAGACCCAGGGACUGGGCACGGCGCUGAAGAUUUUGUUCUCGGGGCGGCAGAUCGAGGCUCUGCCCGCUGCAGGCGACCGGCGACCCGCUUUCCGGCUCAGCCGGCAGGAGAUCGUCUCUCUGCUCAACGCCUUCGGAAGGAUUUCCACGAGCGUCCGGGAGCUGAAGACCUUCAGAUCGCUGCUGGCGGAGGAGCGGUGACGGCGUCGGGACGAGCCGACGGGGGAGGGGGCCCGCUGGGUAACCUGCGAUCUGGACCGUUGCGGGCCCGAGCCACCGACUUCCAUCGCAGCUGCCUUGGUCCCCUCGUGCCUUUAGCACGAAGAAAGAUCGGGGCCCAUACUUAUCAAACUGAUCCAUUUUAGACCAGUUCCUUUUAUUUCAUCCCUAUUGACAUAUGUAGACAUCAUAAGUAUAUUAGGAUUGAUUAUUAUAUUUAUUGAUGCAUCUUGCAGAAUAGAAUCCCAGUGAAAAACCGGUAAGGAUGGUUUUUUUUGUGCAGUAGAGCAGAUGGAGGAUCGAUCGAUAUCAGUGAUUUUGUCUGUUCCCUCUCUGAUCGUACAUGUGAUCGGUCACGUGAUCAGCCGAGAGACGCUCUUCGAGGCGACUCUUACACUUGACUGGGGAGUCGAUCUCCAGUACUCUGAAGCUGGUUCUCUACAAGCCCCCCCCCCCAGUUUUCAUUCAUUCCAUUUCAUUUAUUGUCGUGGAAACAAUUAAGAAAAAGUGAAAUCUGAGGUUUUGACAAGUCACACGUGGCGGUAUUUUAACUUCCCACCGUGGCUUUGUCGUGUGAAGCUGUAAGAAGAGCGUCAACUCGGGGGGGUAUGCAAGAUUUUCGACCUGUUUCUUCAUGUGAAAACCUCCUUUGACCAGAAUAGUCUCAGAUAUUAUUCCUGCACUGAGCUGAAGCCUGGCUCUACCUUCGGCACCGUGGCCCCGUUGUGUCUGUGAUUACAUUGCUGCCCUGAGGGUGGCGCUGCUUGCUUAGGAAAAACCGAUUCUCAUAUUUCACCCCGUGAACUUGGCAGAGCGGAUAGAUGCCAAAAAUCAAAUUGCUUUGGAAAGUUUUAAUGUUCUCGUGCUUUGAAAAUUCAAUGUAAACAAGAGGUAUAAUGUGUGUGUUGAGGUGAACAGCUGUUUCCAACUGAAAAUAAUAUUUUUUUAUUCUAUCUUAAGACCAUUGUUAUGUCAGAACUGUUAACUGUGUCUUUCUCUGUGUUUAUGUGUGUGUGUCUAACAUGAACAUUAAAUAAUGAGGAAAUAUGUUUGUUGUAAAGACCAAUUAAUGAGAUGAA